CGAAUCUACCUGAGCAGUGAUCGUUAAGCCUAACGUAAAGGUCCAAAUUCUCCGAAAUGUCUGCUGAAAGGACCAAGAAGACCAUGAUACCGGGGAACGUACCAAGUGCUGGCCCGGAUCGGAAGAGGGUGCUUAAUGUGCUUGCGCAGAGAAGAUACCGACAACGACGAAGAGAAAGGUUGGCAGCUUUGGAAGCGCAGGCCAAGGGGAUCCCCUCACCUCCAGUUAUUCAGCAGCAGUAUGAAGAACAUACCGAGAUCGGACUGGAAGGCUCAAUUAACUUGUGGCCCGGGCUAGAUCUGGAUAUGGCCGGAUUGUUGGAGGACGUCGUCCAGAUUCCACCUCAAGAAAGCUUACAAAUGUUCGAUUUUGAGCAAGACGCCCUCGAAACGAGACCCAUGCAAGACAUCAACAAUUUUCGAACCCUCCCGAGUCCAAUCCCCUCAGCCCCCUCCCAAAUCCACGGUCGGCAAUCGCCUUCCUCGCCAGGUCUUCAGUUCCCGCUCGCACCAGAUGGUGCCAUCAUCAGCAUACCUAUUCUCUCUGCCUUGCGAGCAUUUUCAAGUAUCGCUAUUGCCCUUGACGUAGCAACUCAUGUCUGGGAUCCGUUCUAUCUGCAUGUGCUUCCAGAGUCAAUCCCAGCCCUAGCGUCGUUGCCUACAAACCUGCAUCCUGUUGCCGCUCAGCAUACUAUACCCCACCACCCAAUCCUAGACCUACUUCCAUGGCCGAGCGUGAGAGAGAAGUUAAUAUGUAUACUUUCCAUGCCAUCGUCCUUCCGCCCACCAGUAGCCCAAGAAGACGAUGACCACGAUAACCUUUCCGUUGCAGUUGCCGUUUCUCUGGACUCGCUUAGACCGCCUGAUAAACACAGCUCAUCUGGCUCGGCCAGUCGAAAUGGUGGCAUCAAGCAAAGUGGUGCCAUCGUCCACUUAGUCCAAGACCUCGACGACUUCCGAGACGGUGGCGGCGUACGGGUCCACGGCAACACAUGUACAUGGAGCGAGGGCAAUGAGCUGGUGGAAGAGGCAUGGGAGAUUGGCGAUCAUUUCUAUAGAAAAUGGUGGUGGUGUCUUGAUCAGCAGAUUGUGGAGGUGAGUAACAGAAAGAGGGGGGAGAGGGGGUUGCGACGGCUGAGCAUGGUGGAUACCGGGUAGAGAGGAUCUUGGAAAGAGAUAACCUUGUCAUGCAGUGUUGAGUAGGCAAUUUGUUCAUCUUAGCUCAUCCUUUAUAGUCAUUUAUCAACCUCAAGCACCUCCAGCGCCUGCUCCGUUCUCUGCCAAGAUAUCUCGUAGAACGUACCUGUUCUCUUUUUCUCGU